AUGAGUUGUGCUGAAUAUUUUGCAAGAUAUACGUUCAAAAAGAUAAACCAAGAAUCAAAGAAGAAAAGAAAGCCAAAGAUGACUUACCAACACUUUAUUGCCGCUCUCAAAACAAUUUUUGGUCAGUUUAUCAUUCACAACAAGAAGAAAACUAACCUCAAAAUGAAGAAAAAUAAGAAGAGAAGCAACCAGAAGAAGCCAAUGAAGAUGCAAAAAAAUAGUGAGGGAGAAGAUCAACAUCACAGGGAGCAAUCAUCUGUUGAACAUGUUUCAGAUCUUGAAGAUGAUAUAUUAAAAUAUGGAUUUAUACAUAAGAAUUGUUAUUCGUUUGAAAAAUGA